GACUACCAGGCCAGCCUGGACAAGACCAGUCUGACCCCCAGCGAGGGAGAGGGGGACGGGGAGGGGACCGAGCCAGAAGGCAGCCCCAGCCCUAGGGGCCACUCAACUCAGCCCCACAACCUAAGCCUCAGCCCCAGCCCCAGAGGGGGCCACUGGGAAGAGGAGGCUGAGGAGGAGGGCCCUGGGAGUGGGCUAACCAUGGAGGACAUGGAUGGCGAGAAGGAGCAUGGAUCACUCAAGACCUAUAGUAAGCUUAUCAACAAAGUUCACACUUUUUCUUCUUCAGUCUUGGUUUGUCGCUAUUGUCUCAUGGACAGACUACGUAAACAUGGAUGGUACAUUAGAUCUGUCAUGAGAUAAUGAGCAGUAUUAGUUCUGGUGGUUCGGACAAAUCACGAUUUUGCAGGUUUUUGCAUCUUUCGAAUUUUGGAAGGGGAGAGGACAUUUGGCCCAUAGAGCUCUUUGUUCUGGUUCAGAUACUCGUUCUAUGUCUUCUCUUAACAUAUAUGGACAAGAACUUAAUCGAGCAUCUGACCAAUUAUGCAAGACUUUAGUUCUGGGUUAACCGAGAUUUGUUUGUCCCAAAUAUCCCAAAUGGCACCCUAUAUAGUACACUACUACCAUAGGGCUCUGGUCAAAAGUAGUGUACUAAACUGAACAAAAAUAUAAACACAACAUGUAAAGUGUUUCAUGAGCUGAAAUAAAAGAUCCCAGAAAUGUUCAAUAUGCACAAAAAGCUUAUUUCUCUAAAAUGUUGUGCACAAAUUUGUUUACAUCCCUGUUAGUGAGCAUUUCUCCUUUGUCAAGAUAAACCAUCCACCUGACAGGUGUGACAUAUCAAGAAGCUAAUUCAACAGCAUGAUCAUUACAAAGGUGCACCUUGUGCUGGGGACAAUAAAAGGCCACUCUAAAAUGUGCAGUUUUGUCACACAACACAAUGCCACGGAUGUCUCAGGUUUAGAGGGAGUGUGCAAUUGGCAUGCUGACUGCAGGAAUGUCCUCCAGAGCUGUUGCCAGAGAAUUUAAUGUUCAUUUCUCUACCAUAAGCUACCUCCAACGUCAUUUUAGAGAACUUGGCAGUACGUCCAACUGGCCUAACAACCGCAGACCACGUGUAUGGCGAUGUGUGGGCGAGUGGCUUGCUGAUGUCAACGUGGUGAACAGAUGCCCCAUGGUGGCGGUGGGGUUCUGGUAUGGGCAGGUAUAAGCGACGGACAACAAACACAAUUGCAUUUUCUCGAUUGCAAUUUUAAUGCACAGAGAUACCGUGACGAGAUCCUGAGGGCCAUUGUCGUGCCAUUAAUCCGCCACCAUCACCUCAUGUUUCAGCAUUAUAAUGCAUAGUCCCAUGUCACAAGGAUCUGUACACAAUUCCUGGAAGCUGAACAUGUCCCAGUUCUUCCAUGGCCUGCAUACUUACCGGACAUAUCACCAAUUGAGCAUGUUUGGGAUGCUCUGGAUCGAGGUGUACAACAGUGUGUUCCAGUUCCCGCCAAUAUUCAGCAACUUCGCACAGCAAUUGAAGAGGAGUGGGAAAACAUUCCACAGGCCAGAAUUAACAGCCUGAUCCACUCUAUGCGAAGGAAAUGUGUCGCGCUGCAUGAGGCAAAUGGUGGUCACACCAGAUACUGACUGGUUUUCUGAUCCACGCCCCAACUUUUUUUUAAAGGUAUCUGUGACCAACAGAUGUAUAUCUGUAUUCCCAGUCAUGUUAAAUACAUAUAUUAAGGCCUAAUGAGUUCAUUUCAAUUGACUGAUUUCCUUAUAUGAACUGUAACCCAGUAAAAUCGUUGAAAUUGUUGCAUGUUGCGUUUAUAUUUUUGUUCAGUAUAUACAGUGCAUUCGGUAAGUAUUCAGACCCCUUGACUUUUUCCACAUUUUGUUACAUUACAGCCUUAUUCUAAAAUAUAUAUUUUUUCUCAUCAAUCUACAAACAAUACCUUAUAAUGACAAAGCAAAAACCGUUUUUAAAUUUUUUUUGCAAGUGUAUUAAAAAUGAAAAACAGAAAUACCUUAUUUACAUAAGUAUUCAGACCCUUUGCUAAGAGAUUCGAAAUUGAGCUCAGGUGCAUCCUGUUUCCAUUGAUAAUCCUUGAGAUGUUUCUACAACUUGAUUGGAGUCCACCUGUGGUAAAUUCAAUUGAUUGGACAUUAUUAGGAAAGGCACACACCUGUCUAUAUAAGGCCCCACAAUUGACAGUGCAUGUCAGAGCAAAAACCAAGCCAUGAAGUCGAAGGAAUUGUCAGUGGAGCUCCGAGACAGGAUUGUGUCGAGGCACAGAUCUGGGGAAGGGUACCAAAAAAUGUCUGCAGCAUUGAAGGUCCCUAAGAACACAGUGGCCUCCAUCAUUCUUAAAUGGAAGAAGUUUGGAACCACCAAGACUCUUCCUAGAGCUGGCCACCCAGCCAAACUGAGCAAUCGGGGGAGAAGGGCCUUGUUCAGGGAGGUGACCAAGAACCCUAUGGUCACUCUGACAGAGCUCCAGAGUUCCUCUGUGGAGAUGGGAGAACCUUCCAGAAGGACAACCAUCUCUGCAGCACUCCACCAAUCAGCCUUUAUGGUAGACUGGACAGACGGAAGCCACACCUCAGUAAAAGGCACAUGACAGCCCGCUUGGAGUUUGCCAAAAGGCACCUAAAGUCUCUCAGACCAUGAGAAACAAGAUUCUCUGGUCUGAUGAAACCAAGAUUGAACUCUAUGGCCUGAAUGCCAAGCGUCACGUCUGGAGGAAACCUGGCAUCAUCCCUACGGUGAAGCAUGGUGGUGGCAGCAUCAUGCUGUGGGGAUGUUUUUCAGAGGCAGGGACUAGGAGACUAGUCAGGAUCGAGGGAAAUAUGAAUGGAGCAAAGUACAGAGAGAUCCUUGAUUAAAACCUGCUCCAGAGCACUGAGGACCUCAGACUGAGGCGAAGGUUCACCUUCCAACAGGACAACGACCCUAAGCACACAGCCAAGACAACGCAGGAGUGGCCUCGGGACAAGUCUCUGAAUGUCCUUGAGUGGCCCAGCCAGAGCCCGGACUUGAAUCCCGAUCAAACAUCUCUGGAGAGACCUGAAAAUAGCUGUGCAGCAACGCUCCCCAUCCAACCUGACAGAGCUUGAGAGGAUCUGCAGAGAAGAAUGGGAGAAACUCCCCAAAUGCAGGUGUGCCAAGCUUGUAGCGUCAUACCCAAGAAGACUCAAGGCUGUAAUCGUUGCCAAAGGUGCUUCAACAAUGUACUGAGUAAAGGGUCUGAAUACUUAUGUAAAUGUGAUAUUUCAGUUUUUAUUUGUUAAUACAUUUCCAAACAUUUCUAAAAACCAGUUUUUGCUUAGUCAUUAUGGGGUACUGUGUGUAGAUUGAUGGGGGGGGGGGGGGGCUAUUUAAUUCAUUUCAGAAUAAGGCUGUAACGUAACAAAAUGUGGAAAAAGUAAAAGGGUCUGUGUACUUUCCGAAUGGACUGUAUAAGUUAUUGAGUGACAUGGUCUUUGAAUAUGCUGCAGCAUAACAAAAGAGUCAUCCCACCACAAUGUCACAAUAUUUCCAUGCAUCAAAGAGGUGACAUUAACCGUACCGAAAUCAGAAUGGAGCAGAAUCUGAGAAGCUUUCCCUUUCAUUUAGCUCAGACACACACACACACACACACACACACACACACACACACACACACACACGCUUUUCUAUCACAAUCAGAGUGCUCUCCCUCUCUCCUCUCUCACCUCAUGUGAUUUGGCUGUGCCUGAUGAAUGCAAAGCCCAGUUUUUACAACACUCAACCACACAGGCGCUUCCCUCACCACAUGAAGAACAGAUCGAAAUAUGCCAACAUCUGCAAACAUUUGAAAAAUCUGUCACAGGCAGGCAGCUCAGUGCAGAGCAGAGCACUCUGAUUGUGAUAGAAAGCAGAGCGCCCUCUCGUCUGUCUUCUUCUCUUUACAUUAAUAAUAUAAUAAUAAUAAUAAUAUGCCAUUUAGCAGACACUUUUAUCCAAAGCGACUUACAGUCAUGUGCGCAUACAUUUUUACGUGCGCAUACAUUUUUACAUUACAUUACAUCUGUGGGUUUCUCUGCCUGUUAUUGCACUCAAUGGGAAAAGCUUCUGGGCUAUCCCUGCUGAUGCCCAGAGCAGACAAGUUCUCGCUUUCAUAGUUGUUCAUAAAAUUCAAAACACAGUGUAACUAUGUAUUUUAUCUAAGAGGGUUAAACAAUGGUGAAAUAUUCUCUAUGUAGUGCACUACGUUAGACCAGAGUAGUGCACUUCAUAGAAAAUAGUGUCAUUGUGAAUGUGCCCUCUCUCUCUCUCUGUUCCAUUUUGUGCACUAGAUAUGGAACCAGACCAGUUGACUAUUAAUGAAAUGCACUACACAUAAAAUACUGUCAUUUGGGAUUUGCUCACAGUCUCUGUUCAUAUCAUAUCAUUACACAUAUCAUAUUUAAGCAAUAGGGCAUGAAAGUCUAUGGUUUAUUUUUGGGUUAUUCUUAGGCACGGCACACGUCUUUAUCCCCUAUCGCUCUUUUGCCCAGCAGGUCAGAGGUCAGACAGUCAGGCCCUGGAGGACAUGGCCCACUAUGACUUCCUGGUGCAGCUGAGAAAGGCAUCCUCCCACCAACCUGCCUCCCACCACUACCACCAGCCCCACCAGGCCCCUAAUGGCAGCGCUACAGCCCCAGCCAUGUAUCACCCUGGCAGCCUGAACCUCCACGAUGACCCCCUUCCCAUCUGGUCUCCUGGGGCGCAGCACUCACCUGAGAGACCAGGUACUGUAGGCUGCUCUCUGUGUCCUUUCACACAAACACACUGCAUGUCUCUAUCUACUGCAUGCUAAUAAGGCUAGUUUUCCAGGUAGACUACUGUCUGUCUGCUUUCACACAAACACACUGCACAUCUCUAUCUACUGCAUGCUAAUAAGGCUAGUUUUCCAGGUAGACUACUGUCUGUCUGCUUUCACACAAACACACUGCACAUCUCUAUCUACUGCAUGCUAAUAAGGCUAGUUUUCCAGGUAGACUACUGUCUGUCUGCUUUCACACAAACACCUUUCUCGUAAUCUCUGCUUAUACGGCCUGUAAGGCUUUCUACAAGAUUCAUAGAGCUACUUUUUUCAGAAUUGCAGGGGGGGAAAAUAUGAAGCCUUUCUUUAGAGACCUAUAGAUAUACGUUUGUAGAUAUAGGUUGAGGACUGGACAUUGUAUCUUCGUGAUGGUUUAGUUCACCCUCUUUCUCUCUGGUGUGUGUGUACCCUAGAUGGCGUCCCUCUGAGUCCUGAUGCUAUGAGGAACCUUCAGGCGUGUCCUUUCUGCCAGCGCACCUACCACCGCGGUGCGUCUCUACGCGAGCACAUCAAGUUCUGCCACGAGCGGGACGGGGGGCACAUGGUGUGCCCGGUCUGUGGGUACACUGCCCACUAUAGGGCACAGAUAGAACGACACAUGGCACUGCACAGUCAGGAAGAGGAUAAGGUGAGAGACUGGGAGAAAUAUAAAGUCAUUCUUUUGGAGUCCAUCUACUACAAGGUGGCACUCUUUUUAAUGGUAUUUUGAGCCGGAUAUGAACCAGCGAUCUAAUGACUCUGAAAAUAGUGUUGUGUUAGUUCAUCUAGUUUGACUGUUGAACAGGCAUGAUAUGCAAUGUCAAUCUCGAGCUGAUUCUCAAUCUCUAGAAGGCAGGCCUACUGAUUUGACUGUAUGUAUGAUUGUGUCUCUGUGUGAUUGGUGCAGCACCCUGGGUCUGACCAUGGCAUAGAGAGCAGGAAGUUCAAGUGUCUUCAGUGUGGAAAAGCCUUCAAGUACAAACACCAUCUCAAAGAGCACCUCCGCAUCCACAGUGGUAAGGAAAAGGACAAUCCAAAUCAAUCCUGUCAAAUUUACGUUGUGUCAAAUAAGGUACUGUAGGAACUGUACAAUCUUAUAUACAGUGAGGGAAAAAAGUAUUUGAUCCCCUGCUGAUUUUGUAUGUUUGCCCACUGACAAAGACAUGAUCAGUCUAUCAUUUUAAUGGUAGGUUUAUUUGAACAGUGAGAGACAGAAUAACAACAAAUAAAUCCAGAAAAACGCAUGUCAAAAAUGUUAUAAAUUGAUUUGCAUUUAAUGAGGGAAAUAAGUAUUUGACCCCUCUGCAAAACAUGACUUAGUACUUGGUGGCAAAACCCUUGUUGGCAAUCACAGAGGUCAGACAUUUCUUGUAGUUGGCCACCAGGUUUGCACACAUCUCAGGAGGGAUUUUGUCCCACUCCUCUUUGCAGAUCUUCUCCAAGUCAUUAAGGUUUCGAGGCUAACGUUUGGCAACUCGAACCUUCAGCUCCAUCCACAGAUUUUCUAUGGGAUUAAGGUCUGGAGACUGGCUAGGCCACUCCAGGACCUUAAUGUGCUUCUUCUUGAGCCACUCCUUUGUUGCCUUGGCCGUGUGUUUUGGGUCAUUGUCAUGCUGGAAUACCCAUCCACGACCCAUUUUCAAUGCCCUGGCUGAGGGAAGGAGGUUCUCACCCAAGAUUUGACGGUACAUGGACCCGUCCAUUGUCCCUUUGAUGCAGUUAAGUUGUCCUGUCCCCUUAGCAGAAAAACACCCCCAAAGCAUAAUAUUUCCACCUCCAUGUUUGAUGGUGGGGAUGGUGUUCUUGGGGUCAUAGGCAGCAUUCCUCCUCCUCCAAACACGGCAAGUUGAGUUGAUGCCAAAGAGCUCGAUUUUGUUCUCAUCUGACCACAACACUUUCACCCAGUUUUCCUCUGAAUCAUUCAGAUGUUAAUUGGCAAACUUCAGACGGGCCUGUAUAUGUGCUUUCUUGAGCAGGGGGACCUUGCGGGCGCUGCAGGAUUUCAGUCCUUCACGGCGUAGUGUGUUACCAAUUGUUUUCUUGGUGACUAUGGUCCCAGCUGCCUUGAGAUCAUUGACAAGAUCCUCCCGUGUAGUUCUGGGCUGAUUCCUCACCGUUCUCAUGAUCAUUGCAACUCCACGAGGUGAGAUCUUGCAUGGAGCCCCAGGCCGAGGGAGAUUGACAGUUCUUUUGUGUUUCUUCCAUUUGCGAAUAAUCACACCAACUGUUGUCACCUUCUCACCAAGCUGCUUGGCGAUGGUCUUGUAGCCCAUUCCAGCCUUGUGUAGGUCUACAAUCUUGUCCCUGACAUCCUUGGAGAGCUCUUUGGUCUUGGCCAUGGUGGAGAGUUUGGAAUCUGAUUGAUUGAUUGCUUCUGUGGACAGGUGUCUUUUAUACAGGUAACAAACUGAGAUUAGGAGCACUCCCUUUAAGAGUGUGCUCCUAAUCUCAGCUCGUUACCUGUAUAAAAGACCCCUGGGAGCCAGAAAUCAUUCUGAUUGAGAGGGGGUCAAAUACUUAUUUCCCUCAUUAAAAUGAUAAUCAAUUUAUAAUAUUUUUGACAUGCGUUUUUCUGGAUUCUUUUGUUGUUAUUCUGUCUCUCACUGUUCAAAUAAACCUACCAUUAAAAUUAUAGACUGAUCAUUUCUUUGUCAGUGGGCAAACGUACAAAAUCAGCAGGGGAUCAAAUACUUUUUUCCCUCACUGUAGAUAGCGCCUUAUGUGCACAUAGGUGUAUGAUAGGAGGGCAGAAGAGCAGGAUCUGCUCUAUAAAGUCUUAUAUGUUUUUUGACAAUCAAAUUGUUCUAUAAAGUCUAUAUCAAAUGUUUUCUGAACUGUAGUAUCUUUGAUUGAUAUUCCGUAUCUGUGCUUCUUCCUUUAGGUGAGAAACCGUAUGAGUGCUCCAAUUGCAAGAAGCGUUUCUCUCACUCCGGUUCCUACAGCUCACACCUCAGCAGUAAGAAGUGCCUGACCGGAGGAGGAGGAGGCAGUGGAGGAGGAGGCGGCAGCGGAGGAGGAGGAGGCAGCGGAGGAGGAGAAGGCAGCGGAGGAGGAGGAGGCAGCGGAGGAGGAGGCAGCGGAGGAGGAGGAGGGGGGAGCUAUAACAACGGACAUGGCCACCAUGGGGCUUACUACUCCUCCCCUGCGUCGCCCUCUGCAGGUAGUGGAAGGAACAGAAGUGGGAUGGGCUCUCCCUACCCUCCCCACAACCAGGAGGGACGUCCUCCAAUGGGGUUAGAGAGGAACCUGUACCUCACUGGAGACCAUGGUACGGGUCUCCUCCGGGGCCAGGAGCUGGGCAGGGAGAUGGGCCGGCGGUGGGACCCCGCGCCGGAGCGCUUUCUCCGGGCCAACGUGUUCAAGGGGACCACCCUGCUGCCGUAUCUCCAUGCCAGCUCUGGGGGAAAGUUUGAGAAGAUGCUGCAGGAGAUGCUGCACAGGGAGGAGGGGGGUUCUGUCUCAGCCAGGGAGGAGGGGAGACUGGGGGUUCACAAUGGAGGGAGAGACGGGAUGGCAUCGCCGGAGGGUCCGUUGAAACUAAAACGCGACCGUGCUGGCUCGGGUGAGCCCCAGGGGGUAGGUGGAGGGGUAACAUGUCGUUGGUGCUCCCAGCUCUUUCCCAGCCCCGCCAUCUUACUCCAGCACGAGCGCUACCUCUGUAAGAUUUACCGGAAGGCCAUGGAGGUGUCUGAGGAUCCUCAAAGAAAAAACCACCUCUCUCCCUACUACUUCUCCACCAGACCCCCUCUCCACCCACCACCACCAGAUAACCACAAACCCCCAAUGAUGACCAACGGUUUCCCUAAAGACAAGUCUCCUCUCCAGAGACCCAGCUGGAACUCUGUCCCUCAGCAGCUGCUGGUCGCCAUGCACUCCCCCCUCCAGCCCAGCCCAGACUCACUUGCCAUGAGGUCCUAUUGGUCCAGCCAGGAGAGUGGCGGCAGCCCUGGCCAACCAGCACCAACCAGCCCUGCUACAGACAUGUCAUCCCCUCCCCCAUUGGGGCGAAGACGGGUCCCCUCUUCAGGGUUCGGCUCGCACCUCUGCCUGGACCUGUCCACUGCCAUCCUCGCCACUCCUGCAAGCCGAGUCGCCCCCCAGGGAAGGACCCACCGGUCGGGUAGCUCCGAGAAUGACCAACCCCUGGAUCUCUCCCUCCCCAAGCCCCAGGAGGAGAAAGCCCUAGAGGACAGCAAGCCCUGUAAAGGACACCCUCACCGGGGAGAGAAGAGAGAGAAGACCCAGAGAGACCCAGCAGAGAACCAGUACCACCGGAGGCUGAGUCUCAGUCUCAGUCCACCUCCUCACCAGGUAGAGUAGCUGCCCCAUGUGCAGUAGCUAAUGGGGAUCCUAAUAAAGUAAACCGGGUGUGUGUGCAGGAGGAGGGGGUACUAUUUAUGUCUGACUAUGUACUGUUGUUUGUUUCCUGCUGUGUUUCUAUGCAGUUUAUGUAUUUAAUGUGUGAGCUCUGCUAAGAAUUCCCUCCUUAAACGUCAAUCUAAUCUACUCUAAUCCCACCAGCAUCCUGCAGUCUACAGCGGCGCUCCUAUGUUUGGGGGUUCCAUCUACAGUGUCUACCCUCUGUUUAACCCCAUGAUGCCUGCUGGGCUAGCUGGCUCAGGGCAUGAAGGGGUCCCCUCCCUGCCCCUCAGCCGUCCAGCUAGCAACCAGGGAUUCCUCUCACCCAUGACCUACGUGAUGGAGUCAGACACAGACGCUGUGCUGAAGAGGAUCCACCAGGAGAGAUUAAUGGUAAAAUUAAUGUUUUUUCUUAGAUGGGCUGACAAAUACUGUACAUGUUACUUCCAACAGUGUAACUGUAUUUCAUGUUACCGCCAAGCGUUAGAUAUUCCAAACAAUGGAUUUCACAUUGAUCUUGUCAUGAAAAAAAUGGCGUAACCUGGUUAAUAGAGACCAGUUGGUUGAUCUCUUCUCAGUCAGAACCAGUUUACAAUUUGAAAAUAACAUCCUCAAGAUGUCAUGUGCCAAAAGUUUGCCAAACAUUUGCCCGUUGGGGAGAGACCUCUCGGACUAUAAAUCUAUGUGUGUCCUGCAGGGUGAGGUGAUGGGCCGUGGGGAUCUGGACUACCUCUCUCUGAUGGAGGAGGGAGGAGAGGGCGAGGGGGGACCAGGGAGGAAGAGACUAAAGAAGACAGACGAAGGCCUGUACGCUUGUGACAUCUGUGACAAAACCUUCCAGAAGAGCAGCUCUCUGCUCCGACACAAGUACGAGCACACAGGUACGUACAGAGUCUACUGUAACUAUCUUACUCACUUGUUAAAAUGUAUUUUGAAGCAUAUGAUUUAUAUUGCUAGAGCAUGUUUCUGUUGUAUUGCUAAAGUGAGCAAAAGUGUUCCAUGAUCAGGCAGAUGUUAUCCGAAACAGAAAAAGGAACUGAACUACAUACACAUAAAGGUUCUUUAACAAUUGCAAAAAUAGAAAGGUAGAUCAAGAAAUUGCCACAGUUACACAUCUGGCUCUGUUCUGUUGUAUUGCCACAGUUACACACCUGGCUCUGUUCUGUUGUAUUGCCACAGUUACACAUCUGGCUCUGUUCUGUUGUAUUGCCACAGGUAAGCGUCCUCACGAGUGCAAGAUCUGCAAGAAGGCCUUCAAGCACAAGCACCAUCUAAUUGAACACAGCCGCCUGCACUCUGGAGAGAAGCCCUACCAGUGUGACAAGUGUGGCAAGCGCUUCUCCCACUCCGGCUCCUACUCCCAACACAUGAACCAUCGGUAUGCCUACUGCAGCCUGCACCAGGAUCCGGAGGAGGGUGAGGAGCUUUCUCUUACCACAGGAGGGUCCACCGAUCUGGGCCACAUGGCCGGGGACACCCCCCUUUCCAUGGAGGACACCCCAACAUUUUUUAGUGACUCCAGUCUAGACGGGGGGAUAGGAGGGAGAGUAGAUGAAGAAGAGGAGGACGAGACAGACGAGACUAAAGGCGGAAGUAUGAAGGAGGCAUGUAGUUUGUCAAGGUCAAGGUCUGGUGAGGGGUCCCCUGUGGGGAGGGACAGAGAGAGAGAACAGAGGGAGAGAGACAGAGAGCAGGUUGGCAGACACAAUGAAGAGAGAGAGAGUGCUGGUCUAGGGACUCACAGACUAGAGACCAACCAUCACUGGGACAAAGACUCAUUGGAACAAAAUGGAGACCAGAACACAGACACAUACAAGCUGAGCCCGGAAGCUCCAGUGUCACAAUGA